GAAACUCGAGACUGCAAAAUGGAGGAAUUGGGCUGUGUCCCGGGGCUCCCAUGCGUGAAGGACGGAGGCAGAGGAAGGCUGCCCUGGGUGUUUGCCAUCACUGCACAGGAUCACGGUCAUUCUUAUGAGCCUGCCGACCACCACGGGCCCAAGAUGUCAGCUGGGGACAAGAAUGGGGGCAGCCACUCCAGCAGCAGCCGCCUGCAGAGCAAGAAACCCCCCAACCUCUCCAUCAUCAUCCCUCCCCGGGAGGCAGAGGAGGAUGGUGCCCGCAAGGAGCCCUCCAAGGUGCCCAUCUACCGCAAGAGCAAGAGCCUGCAGGAGCCCCGCCCGGAGCGCCGGCCCGGCUUCCGCCGGCAGACAUCCCUGUCCCAGAGCAUCCGCAAGGGCACAGCGCAAUGGUUCGGAGUCAGCAGCGACUGGGAGGGGAAGCGGCAGCAGUGGCAGCGCAAGAGCCUGCAGCACUGCAGCAUGAGGUACGGCAAGCUGAAGCCUGCCUAUCGUGACAUGGAGCUGCCCAGCCAGGAGGUGCCCUCCUUCCAAGCCACCGAGUCACCCAAGCCCGCCAAGAUGCCCAAGAUCGUGGACCCACUGGCCAGGGGCCGUCCCUUCCGCCAUCCCGACGAGACCGACCGUCCCCACACGCCCCACCACGUCCUGCCCCCGCUCACCCCCGGCGUUGUCUCCUUGGCAUCCUUCAACAGCAUCCGCUCGGGCUACGGCCGGCUGCCCCGCAGGAAGAGGGAGUCUGUCGCCCACAUGAGCUUCAAGGCAGCUGCAGCCCUUCUCCGUGGGCGCUCUGUCCUGGAGCCACUGGCUCCCAAGCAGAGGAGCAAGAGGAGCUUCCUAUACCCCAGCUUCAUGGAUGAGGACAUGGUGGAUGCUGCUGAUACCCUGGACUCGUCCUUCUUCAGCAAGAUGGACAUGCACGAUGAGACAUACUCCAUGCCCGAUGAUGUCUUUGAGUCUCCUCCUCUAUCAGCCACAUACUUACGAAUGCACCAGGUGGGGGAGGAUGCUAAGGUGUCCCCCGAGGUGGAGCAGCCCACCCCGCGGGAGGGUGUCCGGCUCGCGUCAGUGUCGGGCAGUGCGGGCCCGGCUCCGCGGCGGGGCAGGCGCAUCGCCUCCAAAGUGAAGCACUUCGCCUUCGACCGCAAGAAACGCUACUACGGGCUGGGGGUGGUGGGCAAGUGGCUGAACAGGACGUACCGGCGCAGCCUGAGCAGCAUCGUGCAGUCCCAGCUGGAGAUCACCGACAGCCACAGGCCGUAUUUCACAUACUGGAUCACCUUUGUCCACAUUCUCAUCACCCUGCUGGUCAUCGGUACCUACGGCAUUGCCCCCAUUGGCUUCGCCCAGCAUGUGACGACAGAGUUAGUGCUGAGGAACAAGGGUGUCUACGAGAGUGUCAAGUACAUCCAGCAGGAAAACUUCUGGAUUGGGCCCAGCUCGAUCGACCUGAUCCACCUGGGAGCCAAGUUCUCCCCCUGCAUCCGGAAGGACCGGCAGGUGGAGCGGCUCAUCCAGCGUGAGCGGGACCGGGAGCGCGGCUCCGGCUGCUGCGUCCAGAACGACAACUCAGGCUGCAUCCAGACCCUGCCACAGGACUGCUCCGUGCGUGCCCCUGCCGUGGGAAGGGCUGGGGAUUCCUGGGGAAACCAUCUCAGUCCUGCACUGCAGCAGGCCAGGAUGCAUGUGGGGUCAGAGCUAUGCAUUCCCUGCUGCAUCCCAGUCUCCCCAUGCUCCCUGCAGGAGACUCUGGCAACAUUCAUCAAGUGGCCGGGCAGCAACGCGCCAGCCAUGAGCUUAGGAGAGAAGCGGAGCUCGGGGGCAGUGUGUCACCAGGACCCCAGGACAUGUGAGGAGCCAGCAUCCAACCCACCCCAUGUGUGGCCAGAUGACAUCACCAAGUGGCCGAUCUGCACCUACGAGACCAAAACCAACCACACGGGCUUUACCCACCUGGACUGUGAGAUCAAGGGCAGGCCCUGCUGCAUCGGCACCAAGGGCAGGUGGGUGGUGGCAAAGGGAGCACCUGGCUUGGCUCUGCCCUCCUGCCUCUUGUUGUCCCAUCAGUGUCCAGAGAUGUGCCUGGGGGGAGAGAGAGGUUAUGGAGCCUUGAGGGGUGGGAAGCACGGUGGCAGCAGGCUGGGAGCAGAGGGCGAUGCUCAGGAGCAUCCUGAGUGUUCCCUGCCCCCAGCAAGCCCCCUCCUGCCCCCUGCCAGCUGCGAGAUCACCACACGGGAGUACUGCGACUUCAUGCACGGCUACUUCCACGAGGAGGCAACGCUCUGCUCGCAGGUGCACUGCCUGGACGAGGUCUGUGGGCUCCUGCCUUUCCUGAACCCGGAGGUCCCUGACCAGUUCUACCGCCUGUGGCUGUCCCUGUUCCUGCAUGCUGGCAUCAUCCACUGCCUGGUGUCGGUGACGUUCCAGAUGACAGUGCUGCGGGACCUGGAGAAGCUGGCAGGCUGGCAUCGUAUCUCCAUCAUCUUCAUCCUCAGCGGCAUCACGGGCAACCUGGCCAGUGCCAUCUUCCUACCCUACAGGGCAGAGGUGGGCCCUGCCGGGUCCCAGUUCGGCUUGCUGGCCUGCCUCUUCGUGGAGCUCUUCCAAAGCUGGCAGGUGCUGGAGAAACCCUGGAAAGCCUUCCUCAACCUCUUUGGCAUCGUCCUCUUCCUCUUCAUCUGUGGCCUCUUGCCCUGGAUCGACAACAUCGCUCACCUCUUCGGCUUCCUCAGCGGCCUCCUGCUGUCCUUCGCCUUCCUGCCCUACAUCACCUUCGGCACGGUGGACAAGUACCGCAAGCGGGCCAUGAUCAUCGUGUCCCUGCUGGUCUUCGUGGGGCUCUUUGCCUCGCUGGUGGUGUGGCUGUACGUGUACCCCGUGAACUGGCGCUGGGUGGAGUACCUCACCUGCCUGCCCUUCACCAGCAAGUUCUGCGAGAAGUACGGGCUGGAGCAGGUCCUGCACUGACCCUGCCCCCAGGGACAGGCGUGGCACAGGCGAUGUUUUCCAUGGGGUGGGUCCUCCCCAGCCUGUGGGAGAUGGUGGUGGCUGCUCCAGGAUGGGGCAUGGCUCCAUCCUCAGGGAUGGUGGGUUUGGGGUACCCCUUACUCAAUGCUGGGGAUGCAGGGCUGAGCCAGCCCUACCUCGAACCCCUUUGGGGCUCCCUCCUGAUGCUGGAAAGCCGUAACUGGCUUGGGGACCGACUCUGGCUGCUGUCUGUGUGGGGGAAGGGCUGAGGGAAGUGGGAUUUUGGUGUAUCCAUGGCCAGGCUGGAUUCCCAGUCCUGGGGUGAAGUUGCUGAAGUCUCCAGCCUGUGCCCCUGCCAGCCUGGGGCCCCAUUCCCCCCUCAGUGCCCUGCGGCUCAUACUGUGAACACAACCCCCUUUUUGCAGGGGCACCUUUUUUUAUCCACAGCUCUUUAGGCCCAGGGUUUCCCCAUUGUGGGCUCCCUGGAGUCUCUGUUGUGGCUCCAAGAUGUUCAGAGCUGUGCUUCAAAGACAUUUUUCAGUCCUGUUCUCCCUGAGGCCCCCAAGGAGGCUUGUGCCUUCCCACCUGGCUCCUCACUGGAUGGAGAGGCAGGACUUGGGACAGGGAGCUUUUCUUUCCCUUUUUUCAGUGAAGUUCUCUUUCUGGAAGGGGAGGAGUGGCAAGGACCAUGUUUGUAGUGCCAUGGUGGGAGGCAGCCAUGGAGAAAAGCCCCCUGGGGGUCUCGUGUGGCUGCUUCUGGAGCCCACAGACCUCUCAGGAAGCUGUCGGUGCUCCCACCUUCUGCCUUGAGUCCCUGCUGUUUCCCCUUUCCCUCUUUCAAAGUAGGGAGACCCAGGUAGCCCUCCCUUCCUCCAGUGGUGCUGGUCAGGUGGAGAAGUACAGGAUGGGGCAGUCACCUUCCCUCUUCCCUGCCUGAGGCUGCACAUUCCCACCUGCCCCCAGCCCUGGGCUGCUGUCCCCAGCAUGUCCUCCUCAUUCCCACCAGCCAUGGCAUGAAGGCAGGUCCUUCCUGGGGUCCAGGUGACCCCUCUGGGCUGGUUUGGACCCAGGCUGAUGCCAGGCUGUCUCUCCCCUGAGAUGUGUUGCUUUGGUGUUGGAAGCCUCAGUGCAUUUAAAUGGGGGCAGGGUGGGAAUGCCCCAAUUAGGAUGUCCUAGGAUGAAUAUUCAAGGGUUGAGGGCCUGGCUCCCUCUCCACAACCACUUGCUGAAUGAGCCCAGGAACAUCUGUAUCCAUCCCUGCAUCCCACCACCCUGGGCCAGUUUUCAGCCUCACUCUGUCCCUGCAGUUGCUGCUCCAGCCAAAGACAGACACUUCACUUAAUUUGUCUCUUUUUGAUACUUUUUUAAAAUGCUGUGGAUUUCCCCCAUUAAUAAAUUUCUACCUGUAUUUAAUGAGA